GCCAGUAUUCACGGUCUCGCGGGCGCGUCUUGAGUUCCUGCCUCGCGCACGUCGUUCCCGCCCUCACAGCCACACGUGAAUUACUCUCCCCUCCCUUCCCUCCCCUUCCUCCCUGCCCCCUCCCCGAGCAGGCCGUUUGUCAUUAUUAUUCCAUUAUUACCUCAACCUGCUGCCAGUCUGCCCACUCAACGCGCGGCGGCAGGAGCGUGGCGGAGGGCGCGAGGCGGACACUCCCCUGGGCCGCGGUGACGCUGUGACUGCGAGCACGUGGCGGAGACUGGCAGUGAGCGACGCCCCGCGAGUGUGUGUCAGUGCCGCGGUGCCGGGGACGUUCCUCGCUCGGCAGAACAGUUCAGCUGGUGACCGAGGCACGCAGGGAGCUCCAGAGGGCGUGGGUGCAGGCGUGGAGGGUGUGGCAGUGCCGGGCGUGGCGUGGCAUCCUCCAGGAGGCGGUGUAGGUCGCUGGUAGUGAAGGUGCUCAUGACCAACAUGGAAGGAGGAGGGGGCGCGUCUCCCGCCCCCUCGCCCACCCCGCAGGACCAGCCCACAGAUCUGAGGGUGAGCCGCGCCCCUGAGAAGCCCCAUCAGCACCUCACCAGACCAGUGCCCAUUAAGCAGUCGUCCCCGCCCCCACUCACCGCCCUGCCCCUAGGCCUGCAGCAGCUGGUGCGCGCCCCUUCCUCCUUCAUGAUCGGCGACAUCCUGCGUCAGAAGGCGCAGGAGGUGGCCGCGCCCCGCCACCACCACGACGACGACGGCGACGAAGAGGACGACGACGAGAGCGGAAGCCAGCACGUCCUCUCGCGGCAAGGGUCACCAGUGUCUCCGGCUGAGGACGGCGAGGAGGACGCGGGCUCCGGGCCGCCGCCGUGCAAGAAGCAGCGGAAGGCGCGCACGGCCUUCACCGACCACCAGCUGCAGACGCUGGAGAAGAGCUUCGAGCGGCAGAAGUACCUGAGUGUGCAGGACCGCAUGGAGCUGGCGGCCAAGCUCAACCUGACCGACACGCAGGUCAAGACCUGGUACCAAAACAGACGGACAAAGUGGAAGCGGCAGACAGCAGUGGGCCUCGAGCUUUUGACGGAGGCGGGGAACUACGCUGCCCUGCAAAGACUCUACACACACCCUUACUGGCCCUCGUCGCCCGCCCUGGCCCACCUCAUGCCGUCCCUCCCAGCAGGUCUCGAGGCGUACUACAGACAGGCGGUAGCAGCCCUCAGCCAGCGUCCCCCAGCCCCGCCAAGACCCUUUCUCCCUUCAGCCCUCUCCCAGACUUCCCCGCUGUCAUCUCUCCCCCAGCCACUGUCCUCCCUCUCCCCAGCACACCUGUCCUCCCUGUCCUCCCAAUACUACUCCUCCUUAACCUCCCUGUCCUCGGCAAGUCCUCGCGGUGCUGUGUCGCCCCCCGCUCCGCCCACCUCACCGACACAGUCUUCCGCCCACACGCCGCCCACCCCGCCCUCACCGCCCGCCCACUCCGACCCGAACCAAGAAUCAUGAAGGGGAAAGCUGGUCAAGUGGGUUUCUUCUGUGAGUCGCGAUUACAGGCGACUUUAUAGCGCUGUUUGACUCCCUGCAGUGGCACCCUUUGUGACUGGCGGCGGUUGAGUGUGACUGAAGCGCUUCUCUGGAAAGUUGAAGUGGCCUGGGAGUGGCUAACUGGAAAGUGACCCUCUGUAAAGUGACUCCCGGAAAGUGUUACGUCGUGUUUACUUAGAAAUACACACACACUGGGAUCUUUUAAGUGACUGAAACGUGACGGAAGAAAUUAGUGUAGCGACCUUAACAUUUACUACACAUUACAACACAAAGGAACACAAAGAAAGAACAAACAGCAGCAGACGUACUGGCCCUUAUGAGGUUCUUUAAACGAAUGAUACGUGAUGAAAAAAAAAAAAAAAAAAAAAAAGAUAAUUAAUGCAGCGAUCUUAAGACUUGCUACACAAUGCAGCACAAAGGAACGCAAAGAAGAAACAAACAGCAGCAGUCGUGUUGGCCCUUAUGAGGCUGUUUGUGAUAAGCUGCACUGUCUAAAUUAAUGUAAGAAAUGCAGGAUGGUGAAGAUGAAAGCUUCUCCCCACAAAACAAAGUAACAUUGUGUGUGUGUGUGUGUGUGUGUGUGUGUGUGAUGAAAAGACCUAAUUAUUAGUGUUGUCGAUACUUCAACACUUCACAGAGCACAAGAAGUACCUACCUACAUACCUACACUUACCUGGGAGUGUGCGUGUAAUUAACUCCCACGGCCAGGUGAGUGCAAGGUAUUUCAUCGCAAAGGAGAAGCAAAAAAAAAAAUAAAAUAAAAAAAUAAAUAAAUAAAAAAAAUAAAUAAAAUAAAUAAACAGUAAAUAUGUAAAAAAAUCUCCAUUGUUGAGUUAUUUACCGUAGCGUAGAGAGAGAGAGAGAGAGAGAGAGAGAGAGAGAGAGAGAGAGAGAGAGAGAGAGAGAGAGAGAGAGAGAGAGAGAGAGAGAGAGAGAGAGAGAGAAUGUACAUAGAUAUCUGAGUGUGAAGUACGGGCUAUGAAGUAAGAGUAGCUACCUAGAGUCUGAGUAAUAAGAGAAAAAUAAUCACUAUGCAUGGACAGGUAAAAUGCAGGUGUGCGGCCCUAAUUGAUGGCUGAGGCUCGUGCUGCACCUGUCGUCCCCCACUCACGUCAAGUAGAUAGACAGAGGUUAUGUAGUUGCAUUAUUGUGAGAGAGAGAGAGAGAGAGAGAGAGAGAGAGAGAGAGAGAGAGAGAGAGAGAGAGAGCGAGAUUCACCUUGUAUAUAUUAUGA